AUGAAGGGAAGCAACUAUAGGAUUUCCUAUAUGAAAGUUAUUACAUAUUCUCUCCUCUUAUGGUCGUCGCAAUAUGCCCAUAAGUCACCCAAUACCCUAUGUAAUCAGUCAUGUUAUAAGCGCAGCAACAGAUUACUGAGCCAGAGUACAAACUAUACAGGAAUAGAUGAGACACCUGUGAGAUAUGAAUUUGGUGAUUACGAUCAAGAUGAUGCAUUUUAUAAUAUGUCAAGAAGAAUGAACAGUGCAGUAAAGGAUGAUCAUUUUGAAAGGAAAUUUCAGGCGUUAUGCUCUGAAGAUAAUUUACAGCGUAACUUCCAUUCUAUGAUACACGAUGAUAAUAUAAAGAAGCGAUUUAGUGCAAUAAUGCGUGAGGAAGGUUAUCCGAGGACAUCUGGAAAUUCAAAUAGAAAUAAUGUGUAUUAUGAAACAGAACCUGAUACCAGAGGUGGUAAACAUUGUGAUGAUUGUAGCAGAGGAAGAUCGGGUGGUUAUGAUGAUUACAAAAAAGAGAGUGGCCGUAAGGGUGAUUUGGAUGUAUUAAAAUAUCAUACACAUUCAGGAGGAAAAGGUUACUCAUCAGGAGGAGAUUAUUACAUGGAUAGUGGACAUGCUUCCCGUGAUCAAUCAACCGUUAUGUGGCGCCCCGAUGUAUCUGAAUUUUUAUCCAAUGAUUUUGAUAGACAUGCUCAUCAAUGUCAGCAUAAAGUGCAAACAAACAAAAUCCCUAAUGACUUUAACACCUGUGAUGUUACUCUGAAUACUCACAUGCCACUUCCCCAUAGUAACAGACCAAUGGAAGAACAUGAAAUCAAACACAUAUUGCAAAAAAAAAAAUUAAACAAAAGUACCCCACAAUCCAUGUUAGAAGAUUUUAUUAAAUUUGUAAAAAAAUCGGAUGCAAUGUAUGAAACUGAAAUAUUAAAAAUAAUGACAGAUAGCACUGGUGCUUAUGAUGGCCAACAGAUCGAACAAAAAAAAAAUAAAGGAUUAAUAAGAAUGCUUAAGGAUAAAUUAAUCAUCAUUUCCCCAGUUAUAUCAAUUUCAUUCUUUUUGGCCGUGUUCGCUUUGUUUAAUAUAAUACCUGGUGUUAUCGUAACAUCUAUAAUUCUCCUUGCGACCAUUUCAUAUGUAUGGUACAAAUAUAAAAAGUGCAAACGUAUAAAUAAAAUGUACGGAAUUUAUGACGAGCAAAAAUUAAUGCGGCACAGUGCACAACGAAAAAUGGAAGCACUCAAAUAUUCAAGAUACAUUUCAUAA